AUGUUCGGAUUUCGCAAGACCCUCGACAUAAUCACGCUCUUCCACAAGGCGAGCUCUCCAGCCUCUGUGCGAGUGUCCAAUCUGCUCAAGCAGGCAUCCACAAGCGCCCAGACGAAUGCCGUCAACGAUGCCAGUGCUCGCCGCGACCCAUUUGAGCUGAACAUCACCGAGGACGCCCCAACUCUCGAUCAGGUGGAGACAAUCUUGCAGUAUGUUGGCCAGAACGGCGCCUCUCAGGUCGUCAAGGGCGCAAGGGACGACAAGGAUGCUCUGAGGAAGUUCAAGGAGAAUAAGGAGAAUUUGCUGCGGCCGCUGACGGUUGACUGGAGCAACGGCAAGGCGAUUGCAGGGGACAACGAGUCCGAAAUCUUGAAGCUACUAAACGCUCAGAAAUAA